CAGACGGAGACGCGCUGACCAUCCCAGCAGAAGACCAGUGGACCUAACUCUACCUCCAGUCACCCCCAGUGCUGCUAAACUACUUCAUAUCAAACAGGAGAAUGGGACUGCACAGCGUUGAGGAACUGGUGUCCGGGAAGAGGUCAGAGGGCAAAGAGCCGGACGGCUUCCAGGGGGGCGUGUACGAGGCGGCCGUCAAUCAAGAGAAGCAGGAUGACCGCAGGACCCACAGGGAGCUGGUGGGCGGGGAUCCGUCGGAGGAGAACGACAGCGGCGGCGAGCAGGAGGAAGUCAGCGUGGCAGCUCUGAGUACGGAUAAAAGUGGCCGGCUGAAGUUGGAGACGGUGGAUGACCUGUUCAACAUCCUGCAGCUGAGGAAGAGGAGAAGGGAGAGGAAGGCUCCCGUCCACAAGAAACAACAACCAGAGCCUGAACCUGUGCCGGAGACUGUGGAUGAGCAGCUGUUUUUGACGGCAGCUCUGGAGAACAACCUGCCUGUGGUGGAGAAGUAUCUCACUGAUGGAGGAAACCCCAAUGGAGCCGACCAUUUCCAGAGAACAGCUCUGCACAAAGCCUCGUUCAAAGGACACGUGGAGGUCAUGAAAAGACUCCUGGAGGCCGGAGCUGCCAUCGAGAAGAAAGACAAGCUGGAGGCCACAGCGGUCCACUGGGCCUGCAGAGGAGGCAGCCUGCCCGCUCUGCAGCUCCUCCUCGACCAGGGAGCCAAGUUCACCUACAGAGACAAGCUGCACAGCACCCCUCUCCACGUUGCAGUGAGGACAGGACACUGUGAGUGCGCCGAGCAUCUCAUCCACUGCGGAGCAGACGUCAACGCCAAAGACAGAGACGGAGACACCCCCAUGCACGAUGCUGUGAGAAUAAAUAGAUUCAAGAUGAUCAAGUUGUUGAUGAUGUACGGGGCCAGCCUCAACACCAAGAACUGUGAUGGAAAAACCCCAAUGGAGACGCUGUAUUCAUGGCAGAACGGAGCCAAGAGCCUCCUGUGUAACUUCAGCCAGAACAAGCCUGACCAGUAGAACCCAACACAUUCCAGUAAAAGCAGAAAUUCAACAUGAGACUCGGCCACCUGGGUCUGCUGGUUUAUCAGGAAAAAAAUCCUCGAAAAGGGAAACAGCUUGUAUUUUGUAGCCUGCUCUAAUCAUUUCCAUGCUGCGGUUCAUGAGGCACACAAGUCUUUUUUACGUCUGUUUAUUCAGAGAGGCUUGUUGAACCCCUCAGGAAAUAUUGGUUAGUAUUUUGAAGUUGGCUCAGGGUGCUGGAGGAUACCAUAACAAAGACAGCAUGACUCAUAAUGUUGCCUCAUUGGACCUGACCUGAUGUUACCUCCUCCCGCUUCAGGAAUUUGACUAGGCACCCUUCCAGCCUCUUACCUGAGGGCUGCUAGCAAGGUUUGAUUUUCUCGUGAGAUGCUGGAAAUGCAAAUCUAUAUACACAACUGUAGUCGCAUGAGGGAAGGCGGCAGGGACUCGAGGGAGUCUUUGAUUAACAAUGUGAAAUCUGAUCAGAAUGAAGUUAAUAAUGUGAUUAUUAGCACUGAUAGAGUCAUCGAUCGCCAAAUAUUGCUGGACAAUGUCUCGGCCGACGACGCGACGACGUCUUUUACUUUAAGCUGAGUUGAAGUCAGCGACACUGCAUCGAGAAGAUGAUAUAUUUAUUGAUUUAUAACAGCUGUCAGUAAUCGAUUUAUCAGGUUUGAUUGAUUUAUAGAAAUAACAUAUUUAAUAACUAGAGUUAUACUGUAGUUGGUUUAAUGAUUUUUUUACGGUCAGAUUUUAAUUUACUAACUAACAGCUAGGAGAUGCUGCUUCACCUGGUUCGCACUGUACCGCUGGAUCAACAGUCUGUCGAUGGAUUCCAGUGUAAAGCUGAAAUGAUUUAUUUUUAAAAAAAGUCUCCAGCUCAGUGUGAAAACUAAGCAUCCUCUUGCUGAUGAUGUGUGUCGUUAUACUUAAACAUUCAGAUGAUUUUAACCAAGUUAUUUGGUCUUACGCAUUUUAAGAUAGAGAGAUGAAACAGGACAAAGAAAGUUUUUGGAUCAGGUUGAGAAGAAUCUUUCCACUUACACUUCUUGUAUUGAUGUUGGUGAUCUGUAGAUUUCGUCUUGCUCUCGGCCACAAUAAAACUCCCGUAUUCUUUUGUUUGUUUGUUAUUUCCAUGGCCAACACCAGUCUGACAGCCCUGACUAUCUCAUUUUCUUCUAAUCUUGAUCUUGUCUUGAGACGAAGGUCAUGUCGUUCAGAUUCUCAUCAGGGCUCCGCCACAGCCUGACCUUGACACUCCAGCUGCUGGCCUCCUUUGUUUUGGUGCAGUCAAGAUAUUUUCUCCAGAGUCACAAGCAGAGACAGUGUGAGAGGGAAGAUGCUGUAAAGUCACUGUUGGUUCAGAGGAUGUUUGGCAAGUUUAUGUGGAUGAAACAGGUCUUGAUAUAUGAAUGAUAAUCAGAUGGAUUUUUUUUAAUCAAUGAAGAUGUAUAUGAAUUU